AAACCAAAGAAUGGCAAUGCCAGCGCAGCCACAGAGUUCCUCACAACAGUCUCAGGCUACACAUGCAAUUCAAGCACGACGUAUCUCAAGUUGGGCAGCCAUUCGUCCGUUACUCAUAUCUCAUGCUUGUUUUGAUAAAAUAAUGACGCCAACAGUCGUGAACGCUAUUGGAGGACAUAAAGUUCUUGUCACACCGCUUGAACUAUUCUUGUCUUGCCAUUUACUCUUGAUCUAUUUCAAGAAAGUCAUUGCUCCGAAGUUUGGAAAAACUCUGGUAAGUCAAGUAUAUGAUAUAAGCAUUGCAUGGAUAAUAAAAUACAUGGAUAGGAAACUAGCUGACGUGACCUAAUGUUUUCAAUGGGAUGAUGGCGUUGAAAUCUAUUUGCAAACCAAAUUUUCAAAAACGGCAUGUUUAGCGAUAAUACAGCUAAACAUUUUAGUCAAAGAGCAAAUAAAUAUAACCAGGCCAUUCUACGAUGAAACCUCUAAGUAUUCCCAGUCAAUUUUAGCAAAUAUUUCAAGCACUAAACAGUGAAAAAUGCAUCGCAAAUUUCGUAAAAAUUGGCGACGCCAAUUUCGUAGCUACAAAUGUUAAAAAAUACAAAACAAAGACGAAAAACAUUUACCUUGAAUACUUUGUCGUGGCUUAGGCAUGUUUUUAAAACAAUUAGACCAGUUUAUGCUUCAAUAUUACUCUUUUAAAGCGGAAAAUAUAGCGAAACAACAAAAAUGCUGAGAACCAAAUUUGGCAAUACACGUGACGUCAUGGAUUGCAACUAGGUUUAGACUGUGACGUCAGGAAGUUUCCUAUCCAGUUAUUUUACAAUCCAUGAUAUAAGUCAAGUUUCUUUUAAAUUAUAUAAUAUUUGAAUAAUUAUAUAUGAUAUAAUUAUUAUUAAUGAUUGAAUGAAUGUAUCAAUUCAUUGCAACCCAACUGUAUCUCCCAUUAACGCGCAACAUUUCUCUCUUAAAAAUCGUCUUGUAUAAAAACAUUUUCUUCCGAAGUCCAGGGACUGGUUGUUCGAAAGCCGAUUACAUUAACCCUAAGUUAACCUAAAGUUUCCAAGCAAACGUCCCAACGGAGCCGUUUAUGAACUUGGAAAUAUUUCUUAAAAAAUCUUGCAUGGAUCAGUACGGGUUUUCUUCGCUGAAGUUUUGAAAUAGACACGUGGAGAAAUACAUAAACUAAACCAGCAGGUUAUAUUUUAACCGAGGUUAGCGCUAAUCCAGCUGUGAAUCACCUGCCCAGAAAACUUAGAGCAAACAUGAGUACAAACUAAAUUAUGGAUUUUAUGUGUAUUUUCAGGGUCACAUCCGAGGCAAAGCUGAUUUAAGUGGACUUAGCUUUAAGACAUCCAACCUGAAAUUAUCCGUGGUUUUAGACGCGACUUUUACAUCUCUUCAUUUAGAUGUUCAACCAUUACAAGGUAGGAACACGUAACGGAGUAUUUUAACCACAGAAUAGAGACCUUACAGAAGACAGACUUCUUGGUUUUGGCUAUGAUUUCAGUGGUAAUCGUUGCAAUGCUGUCGCCAUGUUCCUAACCAGUACCCUUACGAGAGGCAUUCAUCCCUCCCUGAAAACAGUCAAAAUGGCGAAUGUUUAGGGGAUGAAUGCCUCUCGUAAGCUUACUGGCUAGGAUGAUACCGAGGCAUGCAUUGUAAUGACGAGUCAUUGAAAUUGUCUGAGUUUUCAUAUUUUGAUUAAAUUUUGCAAAUGGUUUUAAUUACUAGUUUUUUUGUUAAAUAACUUACCCUGUCGUUGGGAUUCAAAGAAUUUAGCACAGAUUCCGCUGCACUGACAGCAAUUUGGAUUAAUGUUUUAUUGCCAAUAAUAUCUGCCAUGGAGCCACUUUUAUACAAUACAAUACAAUAUACAAAUUUAUUUAGAACCUCCCCUUAGGGCUUUUCAGGUCUAAUUACAAGUUUAUAAGUUACAAUUUACAAGUAAUGAGUUUAUAAAUUACAAUAUUUAGUAUAGAUAUAAAAUUGAGCGUAUAAAUUCAGAAUUUAAAAAGUUAUGUAUUAGUUUUAAAAAUUAGGCAUUAAGGAGCCAGGUCUUUAAUGACUGUUUAAAAGUGUUCAAUGAAGUACUCUCUCUAACAUUGUUCGGUAAACUAUUCCACAAUUUAAUAGCUCUGUAUCCAAAUGAACGUUGGGCAAAGCUUGUUCUACAUUUUGGGAUAUCAAGAUUAUGGCUAUUACGAGUGCUACGAUUGUGUACGUCAGAACGUCUCUUUACAAAAUUUUUUAAAUACAACGGU